UGUACAUUUUUGGCCUAACACACUUUCUCCGCUUGCCGGUCUUCAUCUCUUCUGUUUUCUUUUUGGCUAAAACAGUUGUUGCUGCCCACAGACAUGCGCGAGUUGUCUAUACAAAAAGCAGAGGACCCGAUGGCCAGAUGAAGAAGGUGACCAAAAUUCUAAGCGAAUCCAGAUAAAGGUUAUGUAAAAACAAAGCUACAGCCAAAGGAUAGUCAACCAAGUUUUGGACAAUUCCAUAUCAUCAACAUGCUAAUGGCUGUGAGCAGAAAUUCGUGCCGCCUUCGGCACUUGAGUCCAAUGAGCCUACUACAAUAUCAAUAUAGGUGGGCCUACCAGAGUCAAGGUCGCCAGUUAUAUGUGGCGGCGAGGCAACUUCUACAAGCAUCAGUUCCAGAGGCAAAGCCCCAUCCAGAUGAGCGUUCAAGUGGCGGUCAACCGGACCAGCAGCGGGAGCAGGGUCAGGUCAAUUUAUUGAACAGCAAACAGGACAGUCUACCGGCUAGGACUCCCACUGAGGGCACACAGCAUCUGACAACCACAACUACACUCAAUAAGCAUCACGGCUCAUCCAUGUCGGCCAUGUCUUCUGGAAGCGUCGAAAUUCCCUAUGAUAUCGGUUGGAUAUUUAACAAACUGCGUAAUCCCUCCAAAUUGUGGUAUUUUGCUAGCCAAUUUGUCAUCUCGGCUGUGGGUUUAUUUAGCAAAGUUGUUUUGGUCUUGAUGAAUCGGACACGCGUCUACCAUAAGGAACGUUUAAUUGGUGUCAUCUCGAAGCGCCCGAAAGGUGUCCCUCUUCUAACUGUUUCCAAUCAUCAUUCCUGCUUUGAUGAUCCGGGUCUCUGGGGCAUUUUGCCCUUCUAUUAUGUGUGCAAUACGUUUCGUAUCCGUUGGUCCAUGGCGGCACAUGAUAUAUGCUUCACCAACAAAUAUCACUCGACUUUCUUUAUGUGCGGCAAAUGUAUCCCUGUCGUGCGAGGUCUUGGUGUCUAUCAGGAAGCAAUUAAUUUGUGUAUAGAGAAAUGCGCUUUGGGUCAUUGGGUUCAUGUUUUUCCUGAGGGUAAAGUGAAUAUGACAAAAGAGGAAAUGCGCUUGAAAUGGGGUGUGGGUCGUAUUAUCUAUGAAUCCCCCAAAAUUCCAAUUAUCUUGCCCAUGUGGCAUGAGGGUAUGGAUGAAGUUCUACCAAACGUAGAGCCCUAUGUCCUGCAAUGGCGUAAAAAAGUUACAGUCAAUAUAGGAGAACCCUUGGAUCUGAAUAAAUUUAUUGAGGAUCUAAAAUCACAACAGAUCCCAGAACCAGUAGCUCGAAAAUUAAUCACUGAUAAGAUACAAGAUGCCUUUCGGGAGCUACGCUUGGAAACUGAAACACUACAUAGGGAGCGUGCCUGAGAUUCUCUUAUAUUAUUUAUUUAUUAAUUUUUCUAGUAUUAAGCUUAAAAUGCAGUCCCAAAAUCAAACAAUUAUUCUUGAAUUUGCCUUGAACUAAUUUUUCGGGGAAAAAACAAAAACAAUUGAAAAUAUUGAAGAAAAUUUUAUCUACUUCUAAGUUCAAACAGUGUGUGCAUUAAUAGUUAGUGUUAAAUUUCUAAAUUGAAAAUUAAAACCAUUUCCAAAAUUAGCCUUUAA